AUGUCUUCAGCGGAGGGCUUUGGCGACACCAGUUCGCAUGAAGAUACUCCGGCAAAGAAGAAAAAAGGCGGCGACGAAGUCAAUGUGCAAAGGAUGGGAGACGAGGAUGGGAAGGGGCAGGAGGCGGUGAUUGCGGAUGAUGAAGCAGCAGCAGCAGAACUGGUUCCAGAAACGAGGACCGAUGUGGAGAUUCCCAGAAUUGUGACCAACUUUGGGAAUGAAGUACACUUUGUGAAGCCUCCCAAUUUCCUGAGUGUACAUACAAAGACAUACGACCCACAGUGGCACGUCGAUGAAGUUGACGAGGACGAAGUUUUUUUAUUCAGUGGAAAAGUCCUCGGAAAACCAAGGGAAAACCUCAGACAGCACAGCCGGUGGCAGGAUUCGAACCAAUCACCUCCCAGUCUUCAGCACGACCUUGGCUACCACCAACGAGUGGGCGAGUACAAAGUACUUAACGAAGGACAAGCUAGGUUUCUGCUUGAGAAAUACGGUACGGCGGCGUUACGACUACUACAAGAUUGGAACUCGAAACGUCGGCAGGGCAAUGCCAGCAUAAUCAGGUGGUCGGACGGAAGCAUGUCUGUCCACUUGGGUUCUGAGAUAUUUGACGUCCACAAGCAGUCACUGAUCAACUACUUGUUCGUCAGACAGGGAACACGUCUGCAAGGACAGGUCGUCUUCAUUAUCAAGCUCAGUUUCAGGCCUCGCUCGACAGAUUGUACGCAUCGUUAGAUGACGUUCUCUCUGGCAGCACGAAGCCAGAAGACGUAGAAGAUCCGCGUCCUCCUUCAAGUGGGCAAGGAUACUGAAGCCCACCGUGGUGAGAUGAUCAAGAAUGAGGACGACAGGGCAGUUUCGCUGGCAGCCAUCAAGAACAAGUAUCGCAAGGCAGGUUCUGCACUGCGAGAGAGUGCAAGUAUCUAUUCCGCCGGCGAAGACGAUUCCGACAUCGAGGUCCGGAAGGCCAAGCGCCUGGAGAAAGAUAAUGUUGACACGAAUGGGGGGCAAAGAACCACAAAUCGUUAUAAAGCAGUAACGUAA